AUGUCACAGGUCGUACCCAAAUUCACCCCGAAGUUGGACGAAAUUCUCCUCGAAGAUGCCGAGCUCAUCGAGGCCAUGGAACCACCGGUCGAGCUACGGGACGGUGCGGUGUCCGGAUGUGGAACGGGCGAACGGUUGCUGAAGGCCACGGUCGACGGGCAGGAGCUGGAGCUACCGUUUCAGAUCCUGGGCCCGUGCACGGACACGAUUCCCCACCUGGACGAGACACAAAUUUCGCGGCUCCCGUUCAAGUGUCCGUCCGGGAAGUGCGGCGUGCACUGCUGCCUGUUCAUGCUGGCCACGCACAUCGCGUACGACCACCGGGAGGUCCUGAUCGAGCCGCUGUGGGUAGACGAGGUGAAGACGGUGCUCCUGGACCCGCUGCUGCCCAGUGUCGACAAACCACCGCACUGCCAGGCGAUGUUCCUGUUGGGUGGAAAAAUUAGAGGCCUUUGGGAUGGUCCGAGGCUCCGCGAUAGGUUGCCCUUCGAGCUGAUGUCGUCUAAAUUUUCGCUUCACGGAGCGGACCGGAUUGUCCUGUGGAUCACCGGCCCCGAUGCUGGUGGUAACGAGCGGCAGCGCUACACGCUCGAAGCGGGCCGCAAUGGACCCGGCCGGAUUCUUCUCUACGCGAUGGCGUUCAGUGGGACAAUCGUACCCCUUCAUGGGGCGCAGGAUGCCGAAGAGAUACAUCACGCCGGGGCCGGACUGGUGAUUCCCGUGCAGCACCUCGAGCAGCUCGUCGACAAGCGCACCAAGCUGCUGGAGGUCUGCGUGCACUUUCAUUGA